UCACAGAAAUGCGAUUAUGACUGAUAAAUUUCACUAUCUCUGAGCUUAAGCCGUUUCAAGUUUGCCAGAGAAACAUAUUUGCCUCGAUUUAAUACGACGAAAAGACGUAGAUAAGUGAUAUCAAUCCGUUGUUGUGGUUUCUUGGGUUUAAAUACUUCCUAUUUUCAGCGCGUUCAACGCGUAAGACCUAUUGACGUUAAGUUCAAUGUUUGAUAUUUUACCUGCGGUUGUCAGAAGCUGACAAGAGUUAUUGGUAUAAGAGGAUUUGGUUGGCCAGUAAAAACGUAUGUUUGCAUUGGCGGGGAAACCGCUUUUUAAUGCCUACGCCACAGACGAUAACAUCGUACAUUUAUGUAGAACUCUGACAGUGGAAGAGGUCGGCACUCUGCAUGAACGAAAAUUAUACCAAUGCGUCACAGUGAUCAUACGACGUCCAAACAUUAACUGGAUUUCAAGGGACUCAUAUUUUAACCUAAAUAAAGUCUUGGUUCUGCAACUGUUCCAGGGUUGUUCUUCAGUGUCAAAAAUGAUUUCAGCUGUUGCAGAUUCAUGUUCUGUUCGUUUGGACAAAGCGAAUGGAAAAGUCUACAAAUUUCAUGCACUUGUUUUCAACCAAGAUGCUCAAGGAAAUAAUAAAGGGGCAUACCUCGACCGGAAAAAGGAAAAUCCCUCCGGACCAGCGACGAGGAGUAUACUCUCCCAGCAGCCAAAGACAGAAUGGAAAUGCGCAUACAACGAACUUUUAAGCGGAAGAAAAGAUAUGCAGAGACAAAACGACGACCCUUUGUCUGGUCCAAUUAGGAAAAAAUCCAAACCGUCUGAAGACUCGACAGAUGAACCUGAUCAUGAAACGAAGACAGAGAGACAAAGAGUGCGUUUCAAAGGAGUUGAUGAUUCUGAGACGGAGACUUCAACGUGUCCAGCCUGUAAACAAAUCAUCGUCAAGGAAACAGAAGAAUACGACUCCCUCAUGGAAAAAUCGAAAGAAGACCUGGUAGCCAUGGUGAUGAAUCUCAGCUUAAAUCUACAAAACAGAAGACGAAAACUUGGAUACUGUCCAUCUGAAAAAGACAUCGCUGAACUCAGAAAGCAGUUGAACAUCAGCAAAACAGAACAAACAGCUCCUAAAACAAGGCCAACAAGAACAAGACGCCGGUCUUCUUCCAGAAAGAGAUUAACAUCUGUAUGAACAGAAUUAUUGCUAUGAUCGAGGAAAUAAUGGACAAGAGGAGAAAGACCCUGAGAAAGUAAUGUAUGAAAAUUUGGAGAAAUUAGAUAUGGACUCAUGGAACCUAACGAAGAACUUUUAAUAAAGAACUUUUAAUUUAUUAAAUUAAGGAAUUUUUCAAUUCGUAAAUUGUAUGAAAGCUCCAAGCUAAAAAAAAGAAAAAGUUAAAAGUACGCAGAGAGAUUUCGUCUUUCAAAUUAACCACUAGUGUGAUGUUAGUUAAGUAGAAAGAGACUAACUUAGUCAUAGUAGUAUGCAUUUAGAGUAUGAUUCCUUGAAAGGACGUGAGUUGCACAAAAAGAGCAGAAAAAAAAGUUUACCUUAGAGAUGUCUUGGGAAUAUGCCGUGUAUGUAUCCUAGCAUGGCAUAUACACAGCAAUUACCGCUGUCCAAUAACAAUAAAAAUGAAAGAGCCAAUCAGAAAUAGAGGCUUUGCCCGCCAAACGGUUAAAAGCAAGGCAGAUGACUUUUCGAGAUGAGCAAGGCCAGGCUUGGCUUCACCUCGCAUUCGUUUAAAUUAAGAAAUAAUAGAGAGAUUAUUAGAUUAUUAAUAUUUAUUGCACGAGUUCUUUAGAACUUAUAUACAUUUUGUGCACGGAAAGCCACCAACAACUUAAAUUAAUGAUAAUGGUUUUCAUGUAUACGAAUUGUACAAAGUAGCAUGGUCCAACUUUCGAAAACAAAAUGGGACAUACACGGAAAAAUUUAUUAGACUAUGAUAGUCCAUCAAUAUCAUAAACUAAGAGAAGGAGCAAUAAAAUUCUCUUAUAAGUUUA